AUGUUCGCCGCCUUCCUCAGCCGCUUCUCCCGCCAGAAAUCACCGCCCUCAAUCACCCUUUCCUCCAAUCGCCACCCGCUCUCCACCACCACCACAUCCUCCUCGUCUCUCUACACAAAAUACUCUUUCAAGCCACCAGCCUCUCUCAACCCCGACAACUCCAUUAAGCCCCAGCCCAGAACCUCACCCCAACAACAACCCAACCACAAAAAACCCUCCAAACCCCCGUACCGCCCACCAUCAUCCCUCGACCGGUCUGGUCAAGAGCCAGUCCGUUCCAACCUCCCUUUUGAUUUCCGGUUCAGUUACACCGAGAGCAGUCCAAAUGUCAGACCCAUUGGCCUUCGCGAGCCUAAGUACUCCCCAUUCGGGCCGGGCCGUUUGGACAGGGCCUGGACAGGUGUUUGUGCCCCGGUGACCGACCUGAAGGAGUGGUCCUCGGAAAAGGAGGAAGAUUUGGAGGAGAAGAGGAAAAUAUUGAGAGAGAGAGUUCAGGGAGAGCCGUUGACGAAUGCUGAGAGGAAAGCUCUCGUCGAGAGGUAUCAAAGGCACCGGACGAAGAAGCAAGUUAAUUUGGGGAGGGAUGGUUUAACACACAACAUGUUGAAUGAUAUUCAUAAUCACUGGAAACACGAUGAGGCUGUCAGGAUAAAAUGUAUGGGUGUGCCUACUCUUGAUAUGAAAAACGUGUGCACCCAAUUGGAGGAUAAAACAUUUGGUAAGAUCAUUCAUAGACAUGGCGGUCAACUUGUAUUGUACAGAGGUAGGAAUUAUCGUUCUAAGAAAAGACCUGUGAUUCCAUUAAUGCUGUGGAAGCCUCAGGAGCCAGUAUAUCCAAGGCUUAUAAAAACAACUAUUGAUGGCCUAAACAUUGAGGAGACUAAAAAAAUGAGGAAAGGAGGAUUAUCUGUCCCUGCCUUAACAAAACUUGCCAAAAAUGGUUAUUAUGGCAGUCUCGUGCCUAUGGUUCGGGAUGCUUUUCUCACUGAUGAGCUGGUACGUAUAGAUUGUAAAGGCCUUCAAAAGAGCGACUACAAGAAAAUAGGCUGCAAACUGAGGGAUUUGGUGCCUUGUAUUCUUGUGACUUUUGAAAAGGAGCAGAUUGUGAUAUGGAGGGGCAAAGACUAUAAACCUACACAUGAGGGAUACUUUCUCACGGAGAGAGAAUCAUUUAGCGACCCAGAGGACGAUUUAGUCAGUCUUGCAUAUGGAAAUAAGACCGGAGACGACACUCAGACUGAGAACAAUUUUGAUUCUGGUGAUUCUGAUGACGAGUUUGCUUCAAGUUAUAUGGAUCCAGCAUGA